AUGCUGCCAUCAACAAUACUCCUGCUCGCCAGCGCUGCGCUGAGCACAGCCCACACAGUCAUCACCUACCCAGGCUGGCGCGGCGACAACCUUAUCACCAACGAGACCUACCCCUAUGGAAUGCAAUGGAUCUACCCAUGCGGCGGUAUCAACUUGACGCAAAACAGGACCUACUGGUCCACCAAAGGCGGCGCCGUCGCACUCCAGCCCGGUUGGUUUCAGGGCCACCAAACGGCGACGUUGUACGUCAACCUCGGAAUCGGCAACAAGGGUCCCGACGGUGGACCACUAAACAUGUCCCUAUCGAUGGUGCCUGCCUUUGGCAUCACUGGCCCGAGCAAGAACCCCUACCCAGGCACAAUCUGUCUGCCACAGGUUUCGCUGCCGCAAGGCUACACGCCUGAGGUGGGAGAGAACGCCACGAUCCAAGUUGUCGAGCUCGCUGUGCACGGCGCUGCUUUGUUCUCGUGUGUCGACAUUACCUUUGUAGAACCCGGCAGCCCGCUGCUCCAAAAAGUCAACGAAGACAACUGCUUCAACAGCACGGACAUUGGCUUCACUGAUAUCUAUACAACCAAGGUGGUCAACACGAACAUGACCUCAACAUCAGCUGCUGCCGCCAGCUCACGGCAACCUGGAGGUCCAGCAUGGUACUUUGGCUGGAUUUCAAUGAUUGGGCUCGGUGCAUGGGCAUUGCUGUAA